UUAACUAUUCUUUAUUCUUUUCUGUUCGUUACAUUACAUUUUCUGUUCGUUGCAUUAACAAAAUUGAUUUAUUUUUUAAGCCAUACAUUUUCGCUGGGUGUAGCCUUUAUCAGACAAAAUGGUCAUACAGACAUUAUUUUAAGUGCGGACGAUAGUUUCCCUUUAAGUGUCUGUCGGUUCCUUCGCUAGAAAAAAUCCCAGGACCCAGGAUAUCACUUUUCUCUGAAUUUAGAAGCAUUUUUUUCGAAAUCGAGAUUCACUUCGUAUUUGCUUCCACUUGUUUUGCCUGCAUAGGAGCAUACAGCUGUUUCUAAACAAUUUAUCUGCAGUUUGUUGCAGAUACAUGUUUGUAUUUUCGUUUCACCUAUUAUUAAUGCUGUUCACUAAUUCUGAAAUCUUGUGAAAGCUUUGACGUCGAUGUCAUUGCGUUGACAGUUUGUCGAACCCCGGUUUCGAGUUGACACUUGGGGGUUGUCAUUGUAACUUUUGAAUUUCACCAGGGCGAAUUCUUGUGAAGUUCUUGCUUUUAAUCUAAUUUGUUUGAGUUUAAAUAGUAACCAUAAGUAAGAUUCACGUUCUCAAUGCAAUCCGGGCGAUAGUACUGUCAUUUUUUUCAAUUUAAUAAUUUUCCCGCCCAUUUGCUAACCUGUACGUAGAAGAAAGGUAAACUCAGAAAUAUUUUAUUCGGUUCCAAGCACUGAAAGCUAUAAUGCUUGGAAGACAAUAUGAAGACUGAUGAGGGCCUUUUUUCGGUGCGGAUAGUGGUAGCGGAUUUUUAUAUGCAUCGACCCAUUCCAGGUUUAGAUCCGACUUAUUCUGAUUUUCGUGGACAAGAGCUAAAAUCGCUCCCCGUUAUUCGUAUUUUUGGAUCAGAUUCUAAUGGCGACAAAGUUUGUAUGCAUGUGCAUGGAGUAUUCCCCUAUUUUUAUAUACCUUAUGAAAGCAGUACUUUAUGCAAUGUCGAUCAGAUUGUUUACCAGAUAGCUGCUAGUCUUGAUAAAGCAAUUAAUAUAUCAUUGGGUCAAACUCAAUCACAAAAUCAACAUGUUUUUAAGAUACAACUUGUGAAGGGAAUACCGUACUAUGGAUACCAUGGCAAGGAGCAUCAGUUUCUUAAAAUAUUUUUAUACAAUCCCCGUUUUAUUAAGAAAGCUGCAAAUUUAUUACAAAGUGGUGCAAUUUUGGGAAGAGUUUUUCAGCCGCAUGAAUCGCAUGUUCCCUAUAUUUUACAAUUUUUUAUCGAUUACAAUUUAUAUGGCAUGAGUUUUUUGCAUGUUCCAAUGGAAAUUGUAAAAUACAGACAAUCUGAAGAAUCAGACAGUGGCAAAAUACCAGCAUUUCUUGAUGUUAAUCAGGUGCUAGAGCGAAAUAUUCUGCGAAUUUCUACUUCACGUCAUGAAGUUGACAUUGCUGCCGCUUUCAUAUUAAACCGGUUUGAACUUCUAAGUAGCCAGUCGGGUAACACGAAUCCAGGGAUCGAAUCAAUUUGGGAAGAUGAACGGCUGAGGCGUCAAAAAAUGCAAGAUGACCAAGAAAUUCCACCCUUGGAGGUAGCGUGCUCGCAAGAUCGUAUUUGCGCGAAGCCAACGGAAAGUGAUAUAUUUUAUAGAGCAGCUUUACAAUCUAAAUUGUCGUUUGAAAAUCAAGAAGAUAACGUUUCAAAUUUAACGGCGCUAGAUAGUACAAUUGCAAGUGAUAAGAAAACCAAGUUUAAUUUAUCAAAGUUGUUGAUGAAUUCUGUUUACCCCGGCGAAUGUUCACAAGAUAUGAAUGCGACACUGGCAAAUGCUUCGAAAAUUCCAGAUCACCUUUCAAAUGUCAGUCUUUUUCAUAAAACAAUACGCGCCAGAUCGAAGUCACGAACCAGUGUAUCUAGUGAAAGUAGCUUUGUUGAUGAGGAAAUGGUUCUAAGUUUGUCACAACAACGUCAAGCUUUAACGGUCAAUCAAACAUUGGAAGGUGAAGAUUUUCAACUGCUCGAAGUGAUGGAGCAGUUGGAGGAAGAUGAAGGUGGAAUCGAUUUAGAUAGCACUUUAGCACCCCUUUCGCAAUCGUCUAGAAAUUUCCCUUCGAAAAAAGGCGAAGAUAUCAACUUAAAUUUGACUAUUGAUAAAGGUCAGGAAUUGUGUUCUGAUGAUGAUGAGGAGGAUAUGAAUGAUUAUACUAUUUCUAUGGAUAGUGUUGAUAAAAUCCUUAUGGAAUUAUCGCAAGCGCAGAGUUCUCGUAAAGAGACUUUCCCCCAAUUUGAUGGAUGUGAUGACUCAUUUUCAACUCCAAAAAAGCGAAGAAAUAACCGAACUGCUUCAAAGCUGAAAGCAUCUCCACGUUCACCCCGAAUUGGUUCUGCUUCGAAGUAUGCACCUUUAGACAUAACCGUCACUCAGUCGCCUGUAUCGGGUAGAGGAAUACGGGAAAAUGGAAUUCUUCCGAAUAAAGCCACUAGUUCGACGUUGUUGAAUGGUACAUCAAAUGGAUACGUUUCAAGAUUGACGUCGUCCACAAAUUUGCGUUUGAAACGCUGCUCAGUAAAUUUGAUUGACGAAUUUAAAGUCCUUAACGAUUACAGAGGCAGUCAAAAAGUCAAAGCUAGCUCGUCGAUAGAUAACGAAAAAUCAUUUAUUGUGUGCAGUUUGAAACCAAGCACUCCAGUCCGAAAUACUUUGCGAAUGCAGCCAAUAGACAACAAAAUGGAAAAAGAGACAGUGAAACGAAUUAAAUUAGAUGUUCAUGGCUUGAAAAAAUGCAAAGUGAAAUUAAAAAGAUUGAGUAAUUAUCGAAAGAUUAUUAAAAAGCAUUGUCAAUUGCCUGGAGAUAUAUCAGCGGGUGUCGAAGAAUCCGUAGGCGAAACAAGUGCUGCAAAAGAACCCGUUGUCUUGGAGGAUGAUAUUGAAGAAAAUAGCAAUGAGGGUAAAAUAUCUGAUGAUAUUGAGGAAAAGAGCGAUAAGGGUAAAAUAUUUGAUGAUAUUGAAGAAAAGAGCGAUGAGGGUAAAAUAUUUGAAGAAGCACUGAAUGUCGAGACAAUUGAAUCAACUGAAAGCUCUCCAGCGGAGCCUGAUGAUAAUGAAGAAAAUGUAAGUUUGGAUGCAAACGGUUUCAUCAAACCGAAAAUUAGAGCUGUUGAAGUAAAAAAUGAACCAGUGAAUCGAAGAAGGAGCUGGUCGCCUGGUGAUAUAUCGCGUGAGUACGACCGUAAGCAUAACUUUUUCCCAAAAGCUGGUCCUUCUGGAAUGAAAAAGUCUCAACGGCGGCGUAAGAAGAAAGUUCAACAGGUACCAGCGAGUAGUAGACAAACAAGGCAAACUGUAAAACAGCAGCUAAGUCCUGAAAAGAAUUCACCAGCUGAUGCUGCUGAAGAUUUGAAUAUAUGUAGCUUUUACGAGAAGUCUUUUGUUGUUGACAGUCCAUCAUUAUUCAGUGAUAGUUCACCGCGAACUUCACAAACAAAGUUUUCAUACGAAUCCACUUCUAUGGGAAAUUGUCAUAUACAAUCAAUCGUACCAUCCAUGAAUUCAGAGCUAGUAGUUGUGACACCGUUGAAUCUUCCACCAACAUUUGAACAAGUAAACGAGCAGGCUGUCAUAUAUGAUAUUCCCGAUGAAGUUUUUACGGAGCCUUUUUACGGAGAUGAUGCAGACAUUACGAGUAAACGAGAAGUGGGACACACUGUGCUGCAUAUUCCGGGAAAAUCCUUGAAUACAUGCCAAGAAUUUGAAAGUGUUGUGUCGAAUUUGAAAGGUAUUAACGGAUGGCGGAAACAUAUAGUGAAGGCUAUGCUUGAUGAUUCUACAAAAGGUGGACUACAAAGUUCUAUGAGUAUAAAAGAAUAUUUAUCUAGUAGAGAACGGGUUAUUAUAUCAACGAGAAAUUGCCCACCCACCAAGGAUGAUGCCAAACAGUGGUUGAAAACCGUAGCAAGAAAUCGUAAGCAAAUCAACAAUGAAGAUAGUCCUAUCAAAGUGAGAACCGAAAAAGUGAAAAUGAUUUUGGACACCUCCAAUUUUUCGGGCGAAGCUGGUGAUAACUGUGAAUUGUCACAAAAGAGUAUAUCGCUGUCUCCACUUACACCUGAGAAUUCAUCAGUAGUGAAGAAGGUGGAGCCAAUAUCUACAAAUCACAAGAAAUUUACACCGAGAGAUAAAUUGUCUGCGCAUAAAACGCCUUUAUCAGCGUUACAAAAAUUUAAGGAACGACGUCAGUCACGGGCACGGCUUUCGUUAGCUAGAAAGAUAAGUCGUUUAUAUUCGCUAGAUUCGCCAAGUUCUGGUACAGAUACUGAAAGUGUCAAAACUUCUACGAAUAUGAAAGCACCCAGGAAUGGGAUUUCUGUAAAAAAUUUGGCUGAUGAUUCCGAUGAAAGUGAAAAGUUAUCGGAGCGUAGUUUCGAGUCGGAGCAAAUUAGUGAUUUAUGCAGUGAGCAGGUAAAACAAGUUUUGGAGAAAACAUCAUUUUUGAGAAAUAUUUCAAUCACCGAGAAUUGCAACGUAUCUGAUGUAAGCUUCGGAUUGAGUGGUGUAACGUUGGAUAACACUUUUGGAUUUAAAAUUAGUUUACAAAAUUUACAGAAGGUCAAAGCUGAUGUGCAGCAUAAUCAUUUAACAGUAUUUUCAUUAGAAAUUCAUGUUAAUACUCGCGACCAAUUAAAGCCCGAUCCCCAAUAUGAUGCAGUUGAAUGUUUAUUUUUCUCGAUAUCGCACGAUGGUCCGGAAAGUCCAAGCAAAGAGAAUAAGACACUAGGUUGCAUAAUGGUUGUGUCGGAGGGUGUAAACCCAUCGUUGAACGGUGUUGCUACACGUAUAAUUGUGGUCAAAUCGGAACUGGAAUUAUUCGAACAAAUGUUGCAAUUAUGCCAUACUUGGGAUCCUGAUAUUCUAGUGGGAUAUGAAGUAGAAAUGAAUUCAUGGGGCUAUUUAAUGGAUCGAGCUCACGUGUUGGGGAUGAAUUUGAAGGCGUUGCUAUCAAGGGUUCCAAGCCAAAAAGUGAGAGAAUCAAAUGCAGAAGAAGAAAGAGAGACUUUUAUUGACUUAGAUAUUGAGCUUAAAUUAUGUGGAAGAAUUCUUUUGGAUGUUUGGCGAUUGAUGCGAUCGGAAAUUGCGUUGACUUCGUACACAUUCGAAAAUAUUGCGUAUCAUAUUCUCCACAAACGUUACGCUAAACAUGAUUUCCAGGAUCUAACCAAAUGGUACAAUUCAUCGACCACUCGGUGGAUUGUCUUAGAAUAUUAUUUAGAAAGAGUUAAUGGCACCUUGCAGCUAUUAGAUCAGCUCGAUUUGAUCGGGCGAACCAGCGAAAUGGCAAAACUUAUAGGUAUUCAAUUUUAUGAAGUUCUCUCAAGAGGAUCACAGUUUCGUGUUGAAAGUAUGAUGCUUCGGAUUGCGAAACCCAAAAAUUUCGUACCUGUUUCACCAAGUGUACAGCAACGAGCCCAUUCCAGAGCUCCAGAGUAUCUCCCACUGAUACUGGAACCAAAAUCACGAUUUUAUGCCGAUCCAAUGAUAGUAUUGGAUUUUCAGAGUUUAUAUCCAAGCAUGAUUAUAGCAUAUAACUACUGUUUUUCGACAUGUUUGGGAAGAGUGGAGCAUUUGGGGCAGUCAACGCCUUUCGAGUUUGGAUGCUCUCAACUUCGCGUAUCUAUUUCAGAACUGAAACGGUUGAUUGAAAAUGAUCAGAUUACAGUGUCACCGUGUGGAGUUGUUUUUGUGAAAAAGGAUGUCCGAGAAGGUGUUCUACCACGAAUGCUGAGAGAAAUAUUGAAUACUCGGCUGAUGGUCAAGCAAUCGAUGAAGCUUCAUAAAAGUAAUUCAACUUUACAGCGGGUUCUCCACUCUCGACAACUGGGCUUAAAAUUAAUGGCUAACGUUACGUACGGAUAUACUGCAGCGAAUUUCAGUGGAAGAAUGUCUUGUGUGGAGGUUGCUGACAGCAUUCUAAGCAAGGCACGAGAAACACUUGAGCGUGCAAUAAAAUUAGUGGAAGCGAACAAGCAGUGGCGCGCAAAAGUUGUUUAUGGCGAUACUGAUUCCUUAUUUGUACUUGUACCUGGACGUGAUAGAGCAGAAGCUUUUAGAAUUGGGCAAGAAAUAGCAGAUUGCGUGACGAAUGAUAAUCCAGAGCCUGUUAAAUUAAAAUUAGAAAAGGUGUAUCAACCAUGCAUUUUGCAGACCAAAAAGCGUUACGUAGGCUAUAUGUAUGAAUCCGCAGAUCAAGAAGAGCCCAUUUACGAAGCGAAGGGUAUAGAAACUGUCCGUCGAGAUGGAUGCCCUGCUGUUGCAAAGAUGCUGGAGAAAUGUCUUCGAAUCCUGUUUGAGACAUGUGAUGUUAGCAAAAUUAAGCAAUACGUUUGCCGGCAGUUUACAAAACUUCUCACUGGCAACGCUAAUGUCCAGGAUUUAAUUUUUGCCAAAGAAUUCCGAGGAAAAAACAACUAUAAACCUGGAGCCUGUGUACCUGCGUUGGAAUUAACAAAGAAAUGGUUGCAAACUGAUCCGAGAAACGAACCAAGACGAGGGGAACGUGUUCCAUUUCUAAUAGUUAAUGGUCCACCUGGAUUACCAUUGAUUCGCUUGGUUCGGAGUCCUCACGAAUAUUUAGCCGACGAAGGAUUGAAAAUUAAUGCAGUGUACUAUAUCACUAAGGCUAUCAUUCCACCGUUGAAUCGAUGUCUUUUGUUAAUUGGAGCUGAUGUGAAUGAAUGGUUUGCUGAUUUGCCACGAAAACACUUAGCCUUACCCGCAAUUUCCACAGUCUCUUCUGCAAAGCAAAUAAUCUAUGAGGAAACUAAGAAAAGUACAAUAUCACAGUAUUUUGCUUCAGCAAACUGCAUUAUAGAUUGUGGAAGACAAACCAAAGAAGUUGUCUGCAAUAUUUGUGGAAAGGAUUCCCAAAGGAGUACAGUCGUGCUCUUGCAAAAGAUGGCAAAAUUGGAUAGAAAUUAUUAUUUAACAAAACAGAUAUGUCAAUCAUGUUGCGGUCGCACGGAAAAUAUUGAAUGUUGCUCAUUGGAUUGUCCUGUUUUGUUUGUAGCAAAUUUGAAGAAUCGUGAACGAAAGCAAAUCCAACACUUUGAAAACCUGAUUAGUGCAAAUUUUUCAAUAACGAACUAAACAUGUUAAGAACAUUGUAAAAACUUGUAUAGUAACCUAAUUUUAAUAUGUCAGUAUGAUUCCACACCUCAACAUAGAGAAAAAUAAAUAAACCCUUUUUGCUUAGAAA